UGUAACAAUUCUCCUCUUCCCUAUGAGUGUAUACUUAUCACACUUCUAUACGGAGGGAAUACUGCAGAUGUAUUCAAUGAAAAACCUGGUUAUCAUGUAGUCGAAAUUUGUUCCGACUUCACCCGAUGGAAUAUUGCUAUACCUCCGACAGCGCAUUGGAUUUCGGACCUGUGUGAUGCGAUAGUUAAAGUUCAGCGAAAAGGCCAUAGUUUUCCGGAGACUACAGUUGGCAUAAAUUUUAUAUUGAAUGUCCUUUUAUCGACGGUUUCAGAUGAAGUCAGUGUUGCUGAGGCACGCAUGCUUAGCACAGACAAAGCCGCACCAGGGUUAAUAACUCUUUUUUACUCUAAUUCAUCACAUGUCAGAGCAGACCAGCUAAUCGCGUUUAAUGGAACAGAAAUGUUGUUUGAUGUACGUAACACACAUUUGGCACUUCCAGCAGAGUCAUGCGGCCAGAUGUUUCUCAUUGUUGCACUUUGGAACAGUUCAGAUGGUGUUAAGGAGACACUCAUGUCUACCAUGGCAUGGCCGUUCCAGGUUACCUGUGAAACUAACGCAGAUCUUGCGUUAUAUGCUGAGGAAGAACCGUUUCCACCAGCUCAUGGGAUAUUUGGUCAUAACAUGACCAUUGUGAUUGGCAUUCCUCUGUCCCAACAACUAAUGGGUUUGAAUUUCUUCGUACAGAACGCGAACAAUUCCAAGGCUUCAUUCUUACGUCGUACCAGUAUAAGUGUGCCUAAAAUUAUGGCGUUCUUGACUCAGAAAAGGCACAGCCUUUUAAGGAAAAGCCUCGUAAGGUACGAUACUUUAGAGUAUCGCUUGGGUGACGAAAUCUUACACGGAGAGCAACUAAUUGAUUUACUAUCAGAUCAGAGUUCACCAGAAAUCAAACAAGGCCAAAAUAUUCAGUUGAAUACUAGCCAACUACAGCUUUUUACCACCAGCAUAUGUGGCGAAGCCUGGAUGGUUUUUCGGAUAGAUCUGGAAGACUUAAAUGUUGAAAACAACUUUGUUGUUAUUCCGGUCAUAGUCGAUUGUUCGGCAUUAUCUGAAUCACUGAAUACCAAUAUGGGAACUUGUGGUGUUGUUCCCGAUGAAUUCUCUAUGGGCCGUUCAGCUCUCAUGUUCACAUCAGUGCAAUUCGGCGGCGCUAUGUCAUUGAACGCUUUUCUUUAUAAGACAGAAGAAAAAACCUAUCUACCAUUGCGAGGAAACGAGGUUUUUGUUUCCGAAAUACUUGACGCUUUCCGAACGGUUCAACUUGAGCGGAAUCGGUUAAGCAAAUUAAAUCAGUGUCCAUCUCAUCCGGAACUGCGUCUCGAUUUCAAUACCACACUUUUUGGCCAUCUUUAUCAUUUGAUUUUAUUAUUGAACGAACGUUGGAUACCCUUCAAUCAGACCGAGCAACAGAGAGAACAGCAGGAAAAAAUUCUUUUAAUAAGCCAAGCUCUGGGGGGACUUUUAUUUGCCUCUACGUCUUACAACUCCGUUCCCGCAUAUUUUAUGGAUUCCGUUUUAAACGGUUUGUUUAGUUACUGGCCCUUUUUUCCUUUUGACCUAUCGUCCAUACGAAGUGCUUCUCCAUCCGCGCAAGAUAUUAAUCCGUCUCUUCAAUCUUGGCACGAUCGCUUUGCGAAAGUCGUGACCCAUUUUAUGCGAACAGCUGUUUAUGCCGAUUAUGAAGGGAAGCCUAAUCCGGAUACAGGUUUGCAGAAUUUUCUGAAUCAGCUUUUGUGGAGCCCUGAUGCCCUUCAAAGCGCUACGCUAUCAAAAAAUUCGGUGGACAAACUCCGCCAGUUUCUCCUUUUAGUUUUACAGAAAAAAUUGCCAAGGACCUUCGAUGAUUUGCCAUCCACAAUUUACAACGUGCUUACAUCUUUUGCUGAAGAAGUUAUGUCGCUCAUACCCGUAGAAGAAGCCCAAGUUUGGAUAGCAAUGGACACUAUGUAUCAUGCUGUCCUGCAAAGUAUAACACUUAGCGGUAAUCUGACACAGGUUGAAAGGAAAAGCGACAUCGCACCUAAUCCAGCAGAUCGCAGCGAGAAAUUGGCUAUUUUAGGUUCGAUGAUAAAUACUAUGAAUACAUCCAUGGUUGUCACGCGUCUGACUUUGAUCAUUCGAAAGAUCCAAGAGAGCGUGUCUCUGAACAAGCAAUGGAUUCUGAUGGAAGGCAUGUCCGAUACUGCUUUAGAUGCUGAACUUUAUUGCCGAGCACUCGCGCUUAAUCGAAUUAAAUUUCGGAAAAAUCCAGAAGCUAGAGAUCUGUUUAAUGACCUCGAUCGCAUCACUUUCUGGAAAAGAGAUUCUGGAGUGAUUUACCGUGGGGACAUAAGUGGUAUAACUGGCCGAUUGUAUUGGAACAGAAUUGCCGUAUGUCACUGCAAUAGUUUUCCAAAAUACCAGACGCGCGAAACUAUGCCGUGAAACAGCUGGCAAUAAUUAUUCAUUUUCUUGUGAAAUCAACUGUUUUUUUAAGGUAUUGAAUACCGUGCUGUAGUAGGAUUGCGCUAUAUUGUACAAGCGUACCGACAUUUGUUACCAAUAGUUUUUGAACUGAACGUAAAAAACCAAAUAUA